GAGACGAGUGCGGAUAAAAUAAGUGAUUGGAUGGAACCCAAGGAGUAAAAAUAAGCCAUUGGAAUGAACCCACAGAUACUGUUCAGGGAAGUUCAUAAACGAGUGUCCGAGCGGACAGAUCACGCUCCACGAGUUCCGCAGGCACUUCUGCGACGGGACGGUGGGCACGGAGUCCGCUGAGUACGCCGAGCAGAUAUUUCGGACCCUGGACAACAACGGGGACGGGGUGGUGGACUUCCGGGAGUACGUGACGGCCAUCAGCAUGCUGGUGGAGGGCUCCCCGAUGGAAAAGCUGCGGUGGUCCUUCAAGCUGUACGACAAAGAUAAAGACGGCACCAUUACUCGGGCGGAGAUGCUGGAGAUCAUGCAGGCGGUGUACAAGAUGAGCGUGGCGGCCUCCAUCACCCAGCCCAACCCCCUCACAGCGGAGGAAUGCACGAACAGGAUAUUCGUCCGCCUGGACAAAGACAAAAAUGCCGUCAUCACGUUGGAUGAGUUCAUCGAGGGCGCGCUGGACGACGAGUGGAUCAGAGAGAUGUUGGAGUGUGAUCUCCACACAGUGAAAGUGGAGAGGCCCCUGAAGAGCCCGGGGCCCCCCUAGCACCCUAUC